AUGCCCACACUAGCCCUGAUCAAUUUCAACAUCGUCUGCGCGACACUAGGGGGCUUCAUCUCGCUCUUUGGACUUGUAUCCUACCUAUGCAAGGAACAAUUCUACCUAUCUGAAGCAUUAAUCUCCCUGAUCGCCGGCGUGAUAUUCUCACCCCACGCAGCAAACUUCAUCAGACCCGAGGACUAUGCUCUGCACUCCCAGCAGAAUCUCGAGGCAAUCACCCUGCACUUCACGCGUCUAGUCCUCGGCGUGCAGCUAGUCCUCGCCGGAGUCCAACUCCCCAAACGCUAUCUGCAGCUCGAAUGGCGAAGUCUGGGUCUCCUUCUGGGACCCGGCAUGGCUGUGAUGUGGAUCAGUAGCAGCCUGUUGAUCUGGGCCAUGGUUCCGAAUUUCAAGUUCCUGCACGCCUUGAUCGUCGGAGCUUGCGUGACGCCCACUGAUCCGGUGCUAUCAAACUCGAUCGUCAAGGGGAAGUUCGCUGAUAAGCACGUUCCACGUCCACUGCAAAGGAUCAUCAUUGCUGAGUCCGGUGCAAAUGAUGGCCUUGGAUACCCCUUUCUCUUCUUCGGGGUCUAUCUCCUCCAAUACUCUGGUAUGGGGGCGCAGGCCUAUAGCGGGGGAGCGGGAAAGGCGAUGGCGCUGUGGUUUUACGAGACGUGGGCCUAUGAAAUCCUUCUGAGUGUUGCAUAUGGUACCGUUGUCGGGUGGAUUGCCAGGAAGCUGCUUCAUUGGGCGGAAGAGAAGCACUAUGUUGAUCGAGAGAGCUUCUUGGUGUUUGCCAUUGCUCUUGCGUUGUUCGUUGUGGGUACUUGUGGGUUGAUAGGAACGGAUGAUCUGCUUGCUUGUUUCAUUGCGGGAAACGUGUUCACGCAAGAUGACUGGUUCCGCCUCGAGACUAUGGACGAUUCCCUUCAACCGACGAUCGACAUGCUUCUCAACCUGUCCGUGUUCAUGUGGUUUGGAGCUGUGUGUCCAUGGUCGUCUUUCUUGAAAAACGAUAUCAUUCCCAUCUACCGGCUCAUAUUCCUGGGAAUUCUGAUUCUCCUGGUUCGCCGACUUCCAAUCGUCUUUGCCAUGCACAAAUGGAUCCCACAGAUCGAACUCGUCUCCCAAGCCGCCUUCGUAGGCUUCUUCGGCCCAAUCGGAGUCGGUGCCAUCUUCUACCUCUCCGUCAGUCUCGAGUUCCUACGCGAGAUCAAAGUCGACGGUGAGAUCCCAGAAGACGUAACUCAGGUCAUAGAAACCAUCCAGAUCGUGGUCUGGUUCUUGGUCAUUUGCAGCAUUGUUGUACAUGGUCUCUCAGUCCCUCUUGGAAAAGCGGGAUAUCAUCUCCCACGCACGAUUUCCAGCGUCAUCAGCACUACGCACGAGGAUCAUGAACCAAUUCCCAUCACGAAUAUCCGACACACGCACAGCACCGCUACGCCUCUGACUGUGGGCGAGGAUUCGAGUUAUCGAAGCCGCAAGCGUGGGUUUCGUUUCCGAAGUGCGACGCCUCGCCCACCGUUCUUUCGCAUUGGUGGUUCGGUGAUUCCUGAUCGAUUGCCGUCGAACCAACCUGGCGUGGGUGAGUCGGAUGAGCCUGAGAGGCCUGUUAACUUAGAAGCUCAUCAGACGAGAAGUAACGAGGCGCAAUCUUGA